AGCAACUUAGAUUAUAAACACCUAUUGUUUUCUCCAUAAACACAUACUAGAACUGCUAAUGUGCUUCUUCAAGAAACUCUGCCACUACACAUUAAGCUAUAAUACACAUUGGAUCAAUAAAUUCUUAAAGCCACCAUUGAUUUAAUUUCCUACACUGUUAUUCAACCUCUUAUACAAACCCUCAGGGGUUGGCCUGGUGGUAAUUGGCUUGAGCUUUGGGUGCUCCCUUUCAAGGUCUCAAGUUCGAUACCCACUGGGUGCAAACAAUUUCUGAGGGCCAUCAGACUAGGUGAAACCCUGAAUUACCCGUGGUGCACUUGCGGGAAACUCCUUGCCGAGAGCCUGUGCACCCCCUGGAUUACUCGGGGCUCGAAGAGUCUUGGACACCCGGUGCAAGUCAAAAAAAAAUUCAACCUCUUAUUCAAUUAUUUUCGAGUCCCCGAAGUACCCUUCCUCUCUUGCCUCAAUUAUUCAAUUUAGAAAGUGAUGAAUAAUCAAAAAACCACUCUAUUAUGAUGUCUUGGUCCUCUUGUUGGAUGAAAAGUAAAACUUUUUGGUAAUAAUAGAGGGUAGUUAAUAGUAGCAAACAGAGUUGUACCAAUUACGAGUAAGAACUCACUGAUUAUUCUUGUUUGCAAAUUACUCUUAGCAUUCAACAGAUUUCAGAAAUGGAGAUUGGCUUAGCAGUCGGUGGUGCAGUUGGUGGUGCAUUUCUGAAUGUUCUCUUUGAUAGGCUUGCUCGUCGGGUUGAGCUGCUCAAGAUGUUUCAUGAUGAUGGGCUUUUAGAGAAGCUGGGGAACAUUUUGCUUGGUCUUCAGAUUGUGCUGAGUGAUGCAGAGAAUAAGCAGGCAUCAGAUCAACUCGUGAGGCAGUGGCUUAAUAGGCUUCAGAGUGCUGUGGACUCUGCUGAAAACUUAAUGGAACAAGUUAAUUAUGAGGCUUUGAAGCUUAUGGAAGGUCAACAUCAAAAUCUUGGAGAAACAUGUAACCAACAAGUAUUUCGAUUUUUUUCAGAGUGCUGUGGGCGGCGCUUGAGUGAUGAUUUUUUUCUUAACAUAAAGGAGAAGUUGGAAAACACCAUUAAAAGUUUGGAGGAGUUGGAGCAAAUUGGUCGCCUUGGCUUACAGAAGUAUUUCGAUUUGGGUAAGAAACUAGAAACUAGAACACCUUCAACUUCUGUGGUUGAAUCUGAUGUCUUUGGUAGGAAGAAUGAAAUAGAGCGAUUGAUUGACCAUUUAAUGUCUAAGGAGGCAAGUGAAAAAAAUAUGACGGUUGUCCCUAUUGUUGGAAUGGGGGGCAUGGGUAAGACAACACUUGCUAAAGCUGCUUACAAUGAUGAGAAGGUGAAAAACCAUUUUAAUUUGAAAGCUUGGUUUUGUGUAUCUGAGCCAUAUGAUGCUUUCAGAAUAACAAAAGGAUUACUUCAAGAUAUGGGCUCAUUUGACUUAAACGAUGACAAUAAUCUUAAUCAGUUACAAGUCAAAUUGAAGGAAAAACUAAAUGGAAAAAGGUUUCUCAUUGUUCUAGAUGAUGUGUGGAAUGACAACUACAACGAGUGGGAUGACUUGAGGAAUAUUUUUGUUCAUGGAGAUAUUGGAAGUAAGAUCAUCGUGACGACACGUAAAGAGAGUGUUACCUUGAUGAUGAGUAGUGGGGCAAUCAACGUGGGGACUCUGUCUGAUGAAGCCUCUUGGGCUUUAUUCAAACGACAUUCAUUAGAAAACAAGGAUCCUAUGGAACAUCCGGAACUUGAAGAGGUUGGAAAAAAAAUUGCAGCUAAGUGCAAAGGACUGCCCUUAGCUCUGAAGAUGCUCGCUGGCUUGUUACGCUCCGAAUCAGAGGUUGAAGGGUGGAGACGUAUUUUGAGAAGUGAAAUAUGGGACCUGUCGAACAAUGACAUAUUACCAGCGUUAAUGUUGAGCUACAAUGAACUUCCCCCACAUUUGAAGCCAUGUUUUUCCUAUUGUGCAAUAUUUCCUAGAGAUUACCCAUUUAGGAAAGAACAAGUUAUUCAUUUGUGGAUUGCUAAUGGUCUUGUAGUACCACGGGAAGAUGAAAGAAUUCAAGAUUUAGGCAACCAACUCUUUCUCGAGUUGAGAUCAAGAUCAUUAUUCGAAAGGGUUCCAAAUCCUUCUGAAGGGAACACAGAGGAAUUCUUAAUGCAUGAUCUUGUCAAUGAUUUAGCCCAAAUUGCAUCUUCAAAACUCUCUGUCAGGUUGGAAGAAUGCCAAGGAUCUCAUAUGUUGGAAAAAAGUCAGCACAUGUCGUAUUCAAUGGGGAGAGGUGGCUUUGAGAAAUUGAAACCACUCAUCAAAUCAGAGCAGCUAAGGACACUGCUUCCAAUAGAAAUCCAGGACCUUUACGGCCCUAGGCUAAGCAAGAGGGUGCUGCAUAACAUACUGCCAAGUCUAAGAUCCUUAAGGGAAUUAUCAUUGUCUCAUUACCGGAUUAAGGAGUUGCCAGAUGCUUUGUUUAUCAAAUUAAAGCUCCUCAGAUUUUUGGACCUUUCUUGGACAGAGAUUAUAAAGUUGCCCUAUUCUAUCUGUACAUUGUGUAACUUGGAGACACUUCUCCUGUCAUAUUGUACAUAUCUUGAGGAGCUACCGCUGCAGAUGGAAAAUUUGAUCAACCUGCGUCAUCUUGACAUAAGAAACACUUCUCAUUUGAAGAUGCCGCUACAUCUGAGCAAGUUGAAAAGCCUCGAAGAGCUAGUUGGAGCCAAUUUUCUUCUAGGUGGUCGCGGUGGUUGGAGAAUGGAAGAUUUGGGUGAAGCACAUUACUUGUAUGGAUCUCUAUCAAUUUUAGAGUUGCAAAAUGUGGUUGAUAGAAGGGAAGCUCUGAAGGCAAACACGAGGGAGAAGAAUCAUGUUGAAAAGUUAUCGUUAAAGUGGAGUGAAAAUGAUGCGGACAAUUCUCAAACUGAAAGAGACAUACUUGAUGAGCUACUCCCACACAGUAUAAAAGAACUCAAAAUCUCCGGAUAUAGAGGGACACAAUUUCCAAAUUGGCUAGCUGAUUGUUCAUUUCUUAAGCUAGUGAAAUUGUCUCUUAGCAACUGCAAGGACUGUUUUUCCUUGCCAGCACUGGGACAACUUCCUUGUUUGAAAUUCCUGACGGAAGAAUUCUAUGGUAGUCCAUCCUCCAGAAAGCCUUUUAACUCUCUCGAGGAGCUUGAAUUUGCAGCGAUGCCGGAGUGGAAGCAGUGGCAUGUACUAGGCAACGGAGAGUUUCCUGCACUUCAGGGCCUUUCCAUUGAAGAUUGCCCCAAGUUGAUGGGGAAGUUGCCUGAAAAUCUUUGUUCUCUGACAGAAUUGAUAAUUUCAAGCUGUCCUGAACUCAAUUUGGAGAUGCCCAUCCAACUUUCAAGUCUAAAAAAGUUUGAAGUUGAUGGUUCUCCUAAGGCUGGAGUUCUCUUUGAUGAAGCUGAACUGUUUACAUCCCAAGUUAAGGGAAUGAAGCAGAUUGAGGAAUUAUGUAUUAGUGAUUGCAACUCCCUUACCUCCUUGCCUACUAGCACUCUGCCGAGUACCUUGAAGACAAUAAGGAUAUGUCAUUGCCGGAAAUUGAAAUUGGAGACUUCAGUUGGUGAUAUGAAUUCUAACAUGUUUCUGGAGGAAUUGACACUGGAUGGAUGUGAUUCUAUAUCAUCAGCUGAGUUGGUCCCUAGAGCACGCACUUUGUACGUAAAGAGUUGCCAAAACCUUACUAGGUUUUUGAUUCCUAAUGGGACUGAAAGACUCGAUAUUUGGGAUUGUGAGAAUCUUGAAAUACUUUUGGUGGCAUGUGGGACCCAGAUGACGUCAUUGAAUAUCCACAAUUGCGCAAAGCUGAAGCGGCUGCCAGAACAUAUGCAGGAACUUCUUCCAUCUCUUAAGGAACUGAAACUCUACAGUUGUCCAGAAAUAGAGUCCUUCCCUGAUGGAGGAUUGCCCUUCAAUUUACAACUCCUUGGAAUCAGCAAUUGCAAGAAACUCCCCUCUCUCAGAGAGUUGUACAUCUACCAUAAUGGCAGUGAUGAAGAGAUUGUUGGUGGGGAGAAUUGGGAGUUGCCUAGCUCUAUUCGAAGGCUUACCAUAAGCAAUCUGAAAACAUUAAGCAGCCAACUUCUCAAAAGCCUCACCUCUCUUGAAUCUCUAGAUAUUCGUAAUUUACCUCAAAUUCAGUCACUGCUGGAACAAGGGCUUCCCUCCUCUCUUUCUGAGCUUUAUUUAUAUGACCAUGAUGAGCUCCAUUCACUACCGACUGAAGGUCUUCGGCACCUCACUUCACUUCAAAGUCUAUUGAUCAGCAAUUGCCCUCAACUCCAAUCCCUUCCCAAAUCAGCAUUUCCCUCCUCCCUCUCUAAGCUGUCCAUUAACAAUUGCCCUAAUCUCCAAUCCCUUCCCAAAUCAGCAUCGUGCUCCCUCUCUGAGCUGACCAUCACACAUUGCCCUAAUCUCCAAUCCCUUCCUGAAAAAGGGAUGCCCUCUUCCCUCUCUACACUCUCUAUUUACAACCGCCCAUUGCUCAGACCACUCCUAGAAUUUGACAAGGGGGAGUACUGGCCAGAAAUUGCUCAUAUCUCCACCAUAGAGAUCGAUUUCAGAUACCUUUAAUGAUUAAAACCAAAUGGUGCUCUCACAAAUUGUGGAGCUUCUGUUGCUCCAACCACAUCUAGAAUUCGAUAAGGGGGUAUGCUGGCCAAAAAUUGCUCAUAAAUAUUGAUUGGGAGUAUUUGUAAUGAUUAAAAUGAGUGGUGCUCCAGUAGAUUGUGUAGCCUCUGUGAAGCCAAGGAAGCAUCUUCAUAUCAAGAUAAA